UCUCAUUGAUUCGCAAACAGAUGGGCAAUGGUUUUACUGCUCAAGAGCCCUCGCCCAUCCGCAACAAUUUGCUGACGGAAAUCGCGCUUUUCCUUCCGUCACCAGUAGACCCAGUUUGCUUGACGAAGAAGCAAUGAGAUGUAGAAUGUUGAUAGGCCCGACCGAAUAAAGCAGCUGAGCAGCGGAAUGGCCUCGCUCUCGGGCGGUGGCAGCUGGCCCCUGCCCAGGAGGCCGCACUCGCCGGGCUGCCACCGCCGUGCCCAACGCCUAGCCGCGGCCGUGGUCGCCACCUCAGUCACGGCCCUCGCGACCGCUGGCACAGCCCUAGCAUCUGUCGCUUCCCCAUCUCCUCCACGCAACGGAGGCACCGGGCAUGACAGCGGCAGCACUGCCGGAAGCAGCACCGCCAGCGGCAGCGGCUGUGUGUUGCCUCUGGCUGCCGCCACCUCCACGGGUCCGCCGCAGCUGCCCAACCCGUUUGAGAACCUCAACCUGAACUUCAAUUUCAAUCUGGGGGAGGCGCUGGGGCCGGCACUGGCGCAGGCCGCCGUGUUCUGGCUCAACCAGGCCGGUGUGGCCGCCCAGCGGCUGCUUGACGACCACCUGCGCGAGCUGGGCUCUGGCGGCUGCCCCGCCACCGCCGCCGUGCUGCGGGCGCACCUGGCGGCGGCGGCGGCGCAGGUGGUCAGCCUGGGCGCAGCCACCAACUGGAUGCUGCUGGACCGAGGCGCCAUCCGCCGCGGCCAGCUGUGGCGGCUGGUGACGUGGAGCCUGGUGCAUGCGGGGCCGCUGCACUUCCUGUCCAACUACGCCGUCAUCGCCAAGCUCGGCGCCCAGCUGGAGGCGGUGGCUGGCUCCGACCGCUUCGCCGCCGCCUACGUGGCCUCCUCCGCCGCAGCCACCCUGGCCAGCCUGGCGCUCAACGGCGGGCGCCGCAGCCUGGGGUCCAGCGGCGCCGCGUUCGGUCUGGCGGCGGCUCUGUGGCGCUACCACGCCGCGCACGUGGAGCUGCUGCCGCCCGAGGCGCUGACAGCCCUCAAGGGCGUGGGGGACAGGGCGUUGCAGUUCACGGCGGUCUACCAUUUGUUUUGGUGGUCACGUCUGGACGUCAGUGCCCACGUGGGUGGUGCACUGGCGGGCUGGGCGGCGGGCGAGCUGCUGGGGCCGCACUACCGCCUGGUCCGCACCGGCGCGGCGGCGGCACUGGGGCCACUGGGGGCGCUCAUUCCGGGCGGCGGCGGAUGGGUGUUCAGGGACAGGCCGCUGCAGCUGCCGCCCCAGUCAGGCGGAGGUGGUGGUGGUGGAGGUGGAGGUGGUGGUGUGGACGCGAGUGUGGAGGCGACGGGCGUGGCAGCUGCGGCGGCGGCGGCGCGGCUGGUGGAUGCUUCGCGCUGGGCGGCCAGGGAGCCGCGGCAGCGGAUUGCGUUCCCGGCGCUGGGGCCCGGAUACACGGUGUCUGCCGCGGCCGCGGCGUCGCAGCAACACCACCAACAACAACGGCGCAAUCACUGAUGUUGUUGUCCGAGGCGCACACGGACCAUGCGAGCGGGCAGCGGCGCUGGCUGGUCGGCGCCUCACCGCAUGGAGCAUCCCUUUUGCACAGCCUUCUCUCUCCUUGAUGGGCGCGGAAGUACGGAGACGGCAUUUGGGACGACCGGGCCGAGUGAGAUCGGAGGUGUCGACCGCUGCCAUUCCAAGGGGACAAGGGGUGGGUAGGAAUCAGGAAGGGCCGGCACGGCCCCAGUUGCGCACUUGAUGUGUGCGUUGGGAUGGCGGCGUGCUGGUAUGCGUGAUGCAGAUGAUGGCGUGACGGAGGACAUACAGUGGCAAGGCUGGAGUUAGCCCUGUGUUGCUGCUGGUGCUGCGCCAGGCGAUGCACUCCUGUUGCGGGAGGACGGGAGGUCAUGUUGCGACUUGCGAGCAGGGGUUUGUCGGGCUGCCGGAAUGGUGGUCACCAGAGUGGUGGUUUGUAGAAUCCAGCCCAAACUGAACUGAACCCAAUGCCAAAGAGCGAGGAGGAGAGCGUUGCGUAUGGGGGAUGGGCACGGGCCGGGCUGCGGUGAGGAGGUGAUGCACGCGACUGUGUUCGUGGCGCCAAUCGCCGUGCGCAGUGCGCACGUGCCUGGGCGGUGAUUGCUUCUGUAUGCCUGUUCGUGUCGCACUGUGUCGUGGUGACUGAUGCUGAUGCAGGGGUCUGGGCACAUUACUGGCAUUCGCCGAAUGGACGUACGUGAUGUCAGAGUCUAUGCGCUUGGGCCCGCUGGACGCUAGCUGAUGGCAUUCAUCACCUGGUCCAUCUUGCGCUCCCGUAUUGGUAUGGUAGGACGCUGCUCAUAGCACUUGAACGACUGAAGGCGAUGGUGCUCUUGCUGCAAGUUUGCAGUCAUUCACUUGUGCCAUUGUGCCGUUGUGAUUGCACUGCUGGCGCCACUUGCUGCACAAACCUGGUCGGACUGCCGGAUGGAACGGCCAGCUCCGGUUGCCAGUGCACACAGCACUGUCUCGCGCUGCGUUGGAUGACAUAGGGUGGUGGUAGCUGGGACGGAAGGGCAAGCUGCCGUGUGUGCGCAUGCCUUCCCUGCAGACCUGGUGGCCAGUGUAGUCACAGGCCACUGCCUGUUCACUUGCGUUUGACUGUGGUUCUAGGUAUGCACAAGGAACUCUAGAAAGAUUGAUGGAGCCCGACAGAGUCAGCAGGCACGCACAAUUGAACACUGGCGCCGUCACCAAUCGGGGCGGGGUUCAGGGUUCUAUGCACAAGCCCCAGGAAUAGAUCACAAACUUCCAACUGUCAAGGAACCGUUAGGGGGGAAGUCAUUCACUCAUUCCCGCGCUGUUGGAUGGACGCCGCUUGUGAUGUGAGAAAGGUGAAAGUGGCUGUGAGUUGACACAGUAAUAACAUAUCGCAGGCAUUCUGUUGGCUUGCGUUAC